AUGGAAGAGAUUUAUCCCAAUAGAAUAGAUGACCAUGUCUCUUUUAGAAGGACGAAGAAAAAGUCAAGUAAAGCUCAUGAAAAUAGUGUAUCGUAUUUUUCAAAGAGUGCUUUUCAUAAUAAGCAUCAUAGAAAUCAUUCAAAGAGAUCAAGCCAAGAUAGCUACCUACCUCCAAAGUUUGUCUCAUCUGAUAAUGAAGGCGUCGAAGAGAUCUUGAGAGAGAACUCUGUGCUGGAUAGUUCACAUAGAAGAAAGAAGAUCAUAUCUACACCUAGAGGAAAAGAUCCAAGCAAUUUAGCUAAAGCAUUAAAGACUCCUGUAUUUUCUAGAAGUGCUAAUAAGUCAGGUAAUUGCUCAAAAGGAAGCCAGCAAAAUUCAUCGAAACGAUCUAAACCAAAGCAAAAGAGGAUGCUAUAUGAGGAGUAUCAAACCUUCGGUAAUACAGAAGGUAAUGACAAAGUAGCAGAAGAGGAUGAUCCUACUGCUGGGUGGAUCAAAAUCAAUAAUAAAAGAAUGAGAAAUGUUCCAAAUGAGGAACAGAAAUACGAUACUUUUUGGAAUAACAAAUAAUAAAAAGUAUAUUCCAUCUGACAGCUCAGUAAAACACUCAGUUUUUUCAUCUCAAAACAAUGAAAAGAUGUCUCAAAGAAGAGCUCAUUCAAAACUUAAGAACGCCCUUGCACUCUCAAGAAAGAGAAUUGAACACUUUAAUGAACACAAGAGUAGCUCUCCAGUUAAGACAACUCGAGAUGUAAAAGCUAGUUAUACUGAUGUUGAUGAACAGUAUUACAAUGUCUCAACUAGAUUCCCAAAAGCAAGGACACCUUCCAAAACUCUUUUCACAACCCACUCUCAGAGCACUCUUCCUCACUCAAGGAUUGGAAAUCAGAAAGGAAGACCUCCUAAGCAAUUAUUCGGUCCAAAAGCAGUCAGAAGGGAGCAGCCAGUGUCUAUGGAGGAUGCUUCCGACCGGUUCCUGAGUGAAUAUCACUCUAUUGUCACUACGAACAAAAGGGAUUUACAGGAGCUGAUCUCCUAUAAAAGGGAUGUAAAGCUGGUCUUAGCCGAGCAUAGGGUAUCAGUUCAAGAUACGCUCAAAGAUAUCUCAAAAAUCCAGGACAAGAACAAAUAAACUUCAGAGGAAAGCGCAGAAACAAAAUGAGCAGAACUCUAAGCUCUCAGGAGAAAUUGAGGAGUUAAGAGAAAUCUCCAGACUUCUCAAACAAAGGGUCAAUGAAAGGAACCAACAAUAUAGAAAGGAGAAAGUAGAACUUAAAAAUCAUGUGGCCUUCCUAAAAGAUUCUAUUCUUGAACUUCAGACAGAAAUAGGAGGAUACAGGCAAGAAAAUCAGGAUACGAAAGCUGAAGUUAAAAUCAGAAAAGAAGAGCUCGAAAAUUGCUUAGUUGAUGCAGAGGAAAUCAUAUCUACAUUAAAAAGAAAGAUUAGGCAUGCUAAUAAUAGGCAAAAGAAGAGAGCCAAUAGGACUAAAUAUCUUAACACCAAAUUUAACAACGCUGUGAGAGAGGAUGAUUACAGAACACUUCAUAAUCAUAGCUACAGGGUAGAUAACCCUAAGACAUCAAAGAGGUACCAGACUAACUCUAGGUCAAAGAAAUACCUCUAAAGUAGAUCUAGUCAUGAUUAGAUUCAUGUAAAAGUGUCA